AUGGCUCACCUCGCACCCUCCGGAAAGUGGGACGCCAGGUAUCUUGGCCCCGUCCCUCACGAUGCCAGCUACUACGCCAAGUGUAUGCUUGGUGGUGCUCUUGCCUGCGGUUUCACCCACGCCGGCAUCACGCCUCUCGACGUCACAAAAUGUAACAUGCAGGUGUUCCCUGGCAAGUACAAGGGCCUCAUCUCCGGUCUCCGCACCAUCGUCGCCGAGGAGGGCUCUCACGCCCUAUGGAAGGGUGUCGGCCCCACCUUCGUCGGGUACUCCCUCCAGGGUCUCUUCAAGUACGGUCUCUACGAGGUCUUCAAGGACGCCUACUCGAACCUCGCCGGGGAGGAGGCCUCCGCCAAGUACAAGCCCGCCAUCUGGCUCGCCGGCUCCGCCUCUGCCGAGGUCUUCGCCGACAUCGCGCUCUGCCCGCUCGAAAUGACCAAGGUCAAGAUCCAGACGAGCACCCCGGGGACGUUCCCCGUGCCCUUCCUCGCCGCCCUCCGCGAGAUGAGCCGCCUGAAGGCCGAGACGCGCUAUCCCUUCGGCUCGCUCGUCCCUCUGUGGUCGCGUCAGAUCCCGUACACGAUGGCGAAGUUCUUCUUCUUCGAGUACAUCGUCGGCCUCUUCUACACGCACGUGUUCACCGCGCCGAAGGAGACGUACGGCAAGGUGACGCAGCUCGGCGUGACGUUCGCGUCGGGCUACAUCGCCGGCGUCGUCUGCGCCGUCGUCUCGCACCCCGCGGACUCGGUCGUCUCGCUCAUGGGCAAGCCCGAGAACCGCGGCAAGGCGCUCGGCCAGAUCGCGUCCGAGACCGGCAUCGUCUCGCUCGCCACCAAGGGCCUCGGCACGCGCGUGCUCAUGAUCGGUACCCUUACCGGCUUCCAGUGGUGGAUCUACGACUCGUUCAAGACCGCGAUGGGCCUCGGCACGACUGGCGGCAAGUAA